AACAAAAACAAAAACACAAAAUUCGGUGAUGUGUCAUUGUAGUAACUGACGAGCGAAAAAAAAAGUUUUCUUGCAAUGUAAUGUAAAAUUCCAGUGAAAUUAGCAGUUAUUCCAGGACCGAAUCUCGAAAUACGUUUGCACUGCGUUGUGAGGCAUACGUUGCAGUUGCGGUCUUGGUCCAAAAUCAUCGAAUUCGUGAUGGAAUCGCAUAAAUACACGCUGUCGUCAAUCCGGCAGGACAUCGUCGACAACAAUCUGCACGCAAAGGCGAUCAUUCAGGACAUCCUUGCAUUCCGCGGAUCGAUAGCCGAACUCGACACGCUGAACGAAGCUGGCCGAGGAAAGAUAGCGGCCCUGAGAAAGUGCAUCGAAAGGCUCGACGAUUGGGCUCGGGAUGAAGGAGAUCCGGACGUUUUCAAGGAAGUGGACCAGCAUCGGGAACAGUUUUCAAAAACACUUCAAGCAUUCCGCAAAGCAAACAUAUCAACCAUGCUAGAAAUCGAGAAGCAACAGAAGGACGAACUCUUCGCCAUCAGUCCAGACAGCGAACUUCGCCAGCGACAUCCGGCGGCGGCUGGGGGAACCAACAACAGUAAGCAAAACCGUUCCGCGUUGUUGUCCCAGCAGGAAAGCGUAACCGAUCGGAUGCGUUCGAUAUCGCAACAGCUGUCGGAAACCACCCACAAGAGCGCCACCACCUUGGAGACGCUCAUUUCCUCUAGCAGCAGUGUGGAGGGAACGCGCGAUGAGCUUCUGAACACGGCCGGUACCAUCUCGCAGUCUGGGAAACUGCUUAAAAAGUACGGCCGGCGAGAGUGUACGGACAAAAUCCUGCUGUUCUUUGCAUUUUCCUUCUUUCUAGCUUGUGUGUUCUAUAUUGUGCAGAAGAGGUUGUUCUAAGCAUGAGAUGUUAUUCUGUUUUCAUGUUGCCAACACUUCGUUCUGUUAGACUCUAAAUAAUCGUUAGAAGGAACAAAAUAUAUUAGUUCGUACUCGUUGACCACGGAAAUCGAAAUACAAUUUCCUAGCUUCUUAUUGCAGAAGAAUACCAACAAUGGUAAAAAUGUGUUAACUAUGUUUAUAUCGAGUAUUAGGCGUGUUUUAAAUAAUGAAAUAUGAAACUUGCAUAAGUUUUGUUAGUUUAGUCAGUUGCAGAACAAUAUUGCUAGGCUCGAUGGCUAACAAAGUAUUCAAACCAUCUGAUAAAACACAUUCUUUCUUACUACUCAACGAUGUUUUGUUUUUUAAAACAGAUAAACCUAAAAUCACUUAUAUGAGCAUUUACUAUCUAAACUACGAACACAAACAAAAUCUAUUUAUUAAAUGAAAAGCUAUUCAA